AUGGCUGGGAACAAAGAACAGAGUUGCUGGUAUCAAGGUGGACCUCCCCUUACUUAUUUCCCACUUCCAGUCCCUGAUCCUGCAAAACCAUGGGGCGGAGACUGCUCCAGCUGUAAAGGUCAAUGUCCCGGUCACUAUAUGAAGCUUCAACAAGCCUGGCUACAUGUUCAAGAACAUGGGAACAAAGAUGUCCAGUCUGAUCCCCCAUCAGUUAUUCUCCAGGAUGCAUUCAAUGAGACUGUUAAGUCAGGAACUGAUAUUUUGGAAGAUAGAGCUCAAAUAGAGAAUCUGGCGAAGGAAACCCACUUAACAGUGCAGGAGACAGUGAUGUGGCUUAAUCAAGGAAUUAGGGCAAGAAGAGUCAAAGAAGCGCAAAAAGCUGCAGCAAAGAGAGCAGCAAAGCGAGGUACAUCCUAGAAGUACUAAAUGUUUAGUUUUAGGAUCCUUACAGGAAAUUGCAAGUGCAUGGCACGUUAUGUCUUAAGUGCUAUCUUAAUUGCAAAUUUCCUGCUUAAGGUAUGAAAUGUUGCACUGUUGUGAGCUAGCAUGGGAAGGUUGUAAUGCUUACAUUUAAAAAUUAAAUAACGUAUUUUCAGUCAACAUAUUUUGCGUAGAAUUGUUACAUUAAGUGAUUCUGAAGAAGUAACUUCUUGACCUUUCUUGUUCUCAGUUGUGGAUGGACAGGCUUCAAGUGUUCCUGAUGUUGUAAACGAAGUACCAGCAUCGUCUAGUGGUGAGUUAAGAAAAAUUGACCUCAUUAAAGCUUUAAUACUUGAGCUUACAGGCAAAAUAUUGAAGUCCAAGAGGGCUUGAAAAACAAUGAGAAUGACUGUUGUCAGUAACAUGUUUGCUGUCUUUUAAAGGUUUGUUAUUGAUUGAUCCAACUAUAACAUGCACAUGUCCUGCAAUGCCUUUCUAUUUACAACUUUAUUCCUUCUUAUGUGAUGUGUAUAUUUCCAUAGAACCAGAUGAGUCAGAAGACGACACUCUAUGCCCCUGUGGAAGGACAAAUGAAGAGGAAAACAUGAUAGGUUGUGACGGCAAGACAUGUGCCAUUAAGUGGUACCACUUCUCAUGUGCAGGCAUCAGUGAAAUUGACAUCCCCCAAGGACUAUGGUACUAUAACAGUUGCCCAAAACCUAGCUGAUGGAUAAGCCACAUGAAUUGUCACAGUGUUUCCAAUGUGUGUCAGAAAAGUAGGACUUUGCAUAUUUCGCUAUUAAAUGCUAACCAGUCUUUGAAAAAUCCAAACCUUUAGUCGGGGCUUAAACUAAGAAUUCUCCCCUUUAAGGUGGGGCUUUUUCUUCCUUUUUUUCGUUCAGCUGUCUAAUGCCCCACGUCUUCCCGGGGUGGGUGGGGGUUUCCAAUGGCAAGUGCAAAGGUCGGAAAUCCCAGUGGCGAUGUUUAUUGUAAUGUGAGAAUUCUGCUAGAUUAUUGUGCUCAGAAGUCCUACAUAAGCACGAGGUUGAGAAACGAAUCAUGUCUGCCUUCAAUUAGAACGGAAACAGUUUUAAUUAAAACAUUUGGAAACAAUGAACCCUCGCUAAAGAAAUGUAACAUUGUUCAGUUUGCGUUGGAAUACCAGGACAAUUUGAGAGUGUUCAUCAAUGCCUAUGAAGUUGAAUUAAUCUGUGGUCCUAUUGCAAAUCAAACAAUUGAAAUAGCAAGGCAGUUUGCCUCUUGCUGA